CCCCACCUGACCCCCUUCCAGCUUGUGUAGGGGGUCGCCAUCUUGUCCGGGUCGGCGGUGAAGGAGAUUCCGCCGCCGCUGCUGUGUCGCGAUGCCGGAGGACUGGGACCCGGAGGUGUACAAGGGGCCGCCGAAACGCACCCCCAUCCCCGAGAAGCGGACGUCGCUGCCUAACCCGGUCACCAUCAUCCAGACCCUCUUCUACUACAGCGUCGACGCGCCGGUCACCUUCUUCCGAGAAUGGAUGGAGCGCCAACAUGCGAAGAAAAAAUUUUAUUACUAUCAUCGGAAUUACCGCCGUGUGCCGGAUCUGACUGAGUGCUUGGAGGAUGACUAUGUAUGCUUCUUUGAAGCUGAGGCGCAGUGGAGGAGGGACAUGAAAGUUGAUCAGGAAAUUGUGAAGAUAAUUCAGGAAAGGGUAGGAGCUUGCCAGCAGAGGGAAGGACAUAGCUUCGUUCAGAACUGUGCAAAGGAGAUAGAGCAGUUUGCUCAGGUUGCUCAAGCCUAUCAAGAUAGAUAUGCUGAUCUUGGUGCCCAUGGAACUGCUAGAAAAUGUUUAAUGAAGCAGAAACAUAGAAUGAUUGCAGAAAGAAAAGCACAAGCAGAAGCAAAAGACUAAGUGCAAAUCCUCAGUGGGUAGUAUUUGAAGUUUAAGGUUUGAAUACUGUAUGUGAUUCUUCCAGUGUAGCUGGAUGCUGAGGUUUGUAUGAGUUGCAUUACUCAACUGUACAAUAAAGCAUUUGCAGAGAACAUCUCUGCCAAGUAACUAGGUUUUACAACUGAUGAUACUGUCAGCCUUGUUAAGAGGUGAAUGUAUUAGAACUGUCAAUGCCACUCUAAAAAAAUAAGCAAAAACAUUGGCAGUACUCAUUCUUGCAGUGCAGAACAUGCAGCAUUCCCUUAUCAGCACAGUCAUGCAUGCUACUAGAAAAAGUGCUCUGGCCAGCAGACUGCAAGCAAAAUUGUUCAUCUUUAUAAACUAAACAGGAAGACUUCACUUGGUUUGGCAUGAAAGCUUGAAUUAAGAUAAUCUUCUACUCAAGUGAUCUCAGAUAAACUCAGGGAGCCCUUUCAUGGUCACAUGUCAAUGGAUCAAAGGUUUUUCACAUUGUUUAAAAUGACUUAAGUUCUUGGGUCCCUUUGAGAAAGGCAACUCAGUGCUUGAAAAUAGAGCACCUUUAGCCAUGUUAACUGGUUUUGAGGGUUUUAACUGCUUGCAAGCAGAUGACUUGGGAGUUUAUUUUCCCCUCUUAAACAUUAACUGGAUAAUGCAUUUUGUCCUUCAGUAACAAUACGCUAAUGCAAUCACUGGCUGAGUUCUAUACAAUGUACAUUUUUCUACCUUGAUUUCCAGUUUACUAUGAGAAAACACUACCAGAGGAUGCAUUUGUAUUUCAGGUGUUUGAAGGUAAUUACCACAGUUCACUUCAGAUAAAGUUGCUUUUGACAGCUUUAGUGGCUAGCCCUGUGAAUCACCACUACUAUAUUGAAUUAUCUUAUCCUUGACUGGCAGAAAAUUUAGUUUGCCUUCCAAGUUUCAAGGAUGGCCCUGUGGAACUGAUAGUCUUUACAAAUAAUUUAAGUACUUACAAAGUUACUUUUGUCUAGAAGUGUACACACAUUGCCACUUACCACCUGAACAGGUGGUUUUUUUAGUUUACUAGUUCCUAAGUACACUCUACAUUAGUUGGUCUGUCAGACUGACUUAAUGAAAGCUACCAUCAGAUCCCCCAGAACAAGUUAAGUUUUAUCUGAUCUCAUUUCUAGAGCAGCAGACCCCCAUUAGUAGUGAAGUUUCAGUCUGGGCCCACAUCACUGAGUGGUGGGUAUCUUUACACUAACUCCCAACAGUAUUGUUUUAGACAUACAGCCUCAAGGAUCUGGUUUCUUUGAGCAUCACUUCUGUGGGAGUCUUCAGUGCUUUACUUGCAUUUGAUCUCUGCUUCCCAUUUUUAGAAACAGUCUGCCUAAAAAUUAACCAUGACUGUUUCAGUAAUCCUAUUACAUGUUGAUCAUUCAAACCUAAUUCACAAUCUUUUCUCUGAGGAAAGAGGGUUUCCUCUGUGGCACCAGUUAUUGUAAGUUGUUGAACAAGUGCUGCUGUCACUCAAUUCAUUUGUUUGGGCAAGUCAAUCAGGAAAAAAAUUUAACUAGCAAGUUUUUAAGAAGUCAUUCAGCUGUUUAGCAAAUAAAGGAUGUCAAAAGUAA